AUGGAGGAAGACGAACUUUGUAACGAUUCACUUGAACUUGGAUACAUAGAUUGUCAUUGUCAUCUAGCUGAUGAUAUGUUUGAUAAGGAUCUGGAAGAAGUUGUAGCAAAUUCAAAGAAAGAUGGCGUAAGUGCAAUAAUUGUAGUUCCAAUAGGUCUAGAGGACUUUUCCAAAGUUCUAGAUAUAUCACAAAAAUAUAGAGACAUCUUGUCACCGUGCCUCGGUGUACAUCCGGUUCAAAGAGGAACCGAAGACCAAAGAAGUGUGACACUUGCAGACAUUGAAGCAGCUCUCCCAGAAAUAGAGAAACACGUAGACAUUCUGUGUGGAAUUGGUGAAAUAGGUUUAGAUUUUCAACCACGUGUCUGUAAAAAUCCAAGUGAUAAAGAUGUUCAGAAGGAAGUUUUAAGAUUACAAGUUGAGAUGGCAAAAAAGUUUGAUUUGCCAAGUAAUGUUCACUCUCGUUCUGCUGGUCGCCCGACUAUAGCAGCUUUGAAGGAGUUUGGCGCUCGAAACGUUGUAAUGCACGCGUUUGAUGGGCGUCCAGCUGUUGCAAUGGAGGGUGUUAGAGAGGGUUUUUAUUUCUCUAUUCCUCCCUCUAUAGUUCGAAAUGAUCAGGAAAAGUUAGUGAAACAAGUACCGAUUGACAAUAUGCUGUUGGAAACCGACUCGCCUGGGCUAGGACCAAAGAAAGGUGUAAGGAAUAAUCCGUCUAAUUUACAUAUUUCUUGUGAGUACAUCGCCAAGGUCAAGAAUAUGGACACUUCUGAAGUCAGGAGAAUAACGUCUUCAAACGCAUUAAAACUUUUCCCCAAAUUGACACAGUUUGUAAAACAAUCAUGAAUUUUUUUGAGUAAAGUAAA